AUGGUAGAAAAUAUUGCAGAAAAACCAUUCAUUAAUUUCAUGGAUGAAUUUUCGAAAGCGACUGAAAUGACAAAACAGUUAAAGGAGGAGGAUGUUCCUCGGCAUUAUUUAAUGGUUAGGCGAGUUUUGUUGACACCUUCAAAGUGUGUAUUACUCCCAAAGGAGCCAAUACUUCAGAAUGGAAUUGUACGCCAGUACAAUGAAGAUUACUUCUUAAGGCUUGCAUAUCGCGAUGAGGAUUACAAAAGGCUUAAUGCUAUGCAGCCCUAUGGAUUAGAUUGCAUUUUUGCAGACUUGAAACGAUUCUUCAAUAAAGGUUUGACAAUUUAUGAUCGCCACUACGAAUUAUUAGGAUGUUCAAAUGGACAACUUCGAGAGCAUGGUUUUUGGUUCUAUAGCUCUCAUGAUGGGAUCACAGCAGCCUUUAUAAGAGAAAAACACGGUAACUUCUCUGAAGAGAGGAGUUUUGCAUCCUACGUUUCGCAUUUUGGACUCAGCUUCUCUGAAUAUAACCUCAAGUUAGAUGCUAAAAUAUGUACAGAGGAAGUGAUCUAUGAUAGAGAAUUUCAAAUGAGUGGGAUUUGUCUCAUAGAUUGCAUUGGAAAGAUCUCAACCAAAACAGCUACCGAGAUAGCAAAAGAAAUGAACAUAAAAGCUGUACCGUCUGCUUUUCAAAUACACUACAAUGGAUGUAAAGGUGUAGUGGUACAAGAUCCGUUACUAGAACAAGGAAUAACUCUAUUCAUUAGGCAGAGUCUGAAAAGACAUCAAUCAAGUUCUUCAUGUUUGGAGAUUUUAAAGACAUCAUACCCAGGACGACUUUAUUUAAACCGACAAAUAAUAUCAUUACUCUCUGGAUUUGGGGUUCCAGACGAUGCAUUCCAGGAUCUCCAAGAAUCGAUGUUGUUUGAAUUGGCGGACAUGCUUCUUUACGAUGAAAAGGCUUUGACAAUUUUGAAAGAGAUAUCUUUGGACAUAAAAUUUCAAAAUUUAUUCGAAAAAGGAAUAAGUUUUGUUCGGGAACCCUUCUUCAGGUCUCUACUAUUAAGAGUUUACCACCAUAGACUCGAUGAUUUAAAACAGAGGACAAGGAUUCAGAUAGAUGUAGAUAAAAGCCGUAACAUGAUCGGUACUUCUGAUAAAAGUAGAUCACUGAAAUAUGGACAAGUGUUUAUUCAAUAUUCAAAAGACCCAUCUGAUGCUGGGAAAAAGCUGCAAAUUGUAUUGGGUAAAGUCUUGGUCACAAAAUAUCCCAGUAUUCAUCCAGAAGAUCUUCAAAUAUUUGAAGCUGUAGAUGUUCCUGGCCUCAGGCAUGUGGUCGACUGUAUUGUUUUUCCACAAUGUGGUCCACGUCCAUUUCGAGAUGAAAUGUCCCCAUCAGAUGAUAUUUAUGGUGAUGAGUAUUUCGUUCUUUGGGAUAAACGGUUUCUUAUACUUAAAAACAAGAUAAAUUCUCAAAAUGAUUCAAAAGAGAAAUUGGCCUCGGAUGUUCAAGGAACAAACAUGGCUGACUUUUUGGUGAAUUACUUAAAGAAUGAUCACCUACAAAUCAUAGCAGAGUCCCAUUUAGCGAGGUCUGAUAGUGAACAGGAAGGUAUUUUUUCAGACUGUUGUAUUGAACUAGCUGAAAUGUAUUCUGGCGUUCUUGAUUGUCUACAAACGGGUAAAAGUCACAAAUCCGCACAGAGUUCCUUCCCCAAAAGUAUCCCGAUUUCAUGA